CGCCGAGGACUCCCGGAAGACGAGUAUUCUAGAGCGGGUCAGGUGACUGUGGCGUCCCGUCAGCUGACAGGAGACUGGAGGAAGCUGGAGGUUCCUGGUGACUGAGAAACCAUGGCUGAGGACUUGAGACGGUACCUUUACAAAAAGCUUCCAAGUGUUGAAGGCCUUCAUGCGAUUGUAGUGUCAGACCGGGAUGGUGUGCCUGUUAUUAAAGUUGCUAAUGAGAAUUCGCCUGAAUGUGCUCUGAGACCAUCUUUCCUAUCCACAUUUGCGCUGGCCACUGACCAGGGAAGCAAGCUGGGACUCUCCAAAAACAAGAGCAUCAUAUGUUACUACAACACGUAUCAGGUUGUCCAGUUCAACAGACUGCCAUUGGUUGUGAGCUUCAUAGCUAGCAGCAAUGCCAAUACAGGUCUAAUCCUUAGCUUAGAAAAAGAGCUUGGUCCCUUGUUUGAGGAGCUUCGGCAAGUAGUGGAGAAUUCUUGAUCUGUACAGUCCCUAAAACGAAUCCUGGACUUUUGGUGUGGCAAAAGAUUGCCAUUUCCACAGCAGUCAAAUGCCUAGCACGUGUAGUUCCUCCAUUGCACUGAAUAAUGUUCCUUUCUGCUAUGGAGAUGGAAGACAUCUUCUGUUUGUCAACCUUAACUUUUGAUAUUUGCUAAAAAAAAAAAAACAGAGCUACCAGCAGUCAAGAAGAUGUAUCUAGUUGUAGUUCCACUGGGUGAUUAGCUGACUGCCUCCUUGCCUAGCAGGAUACCUUCAAAUAUACUGUGUAGUGACAUGGUGCAAGACAUAAAGUGUAUCCUUUGUUGUGCUCUCUAUUGCUUUGCUAACCAAAACCACAUUAAACUUUAACCAGAGCCAAUGAUGAAA